CUUGACUAUCACCGGCUGCUACUAUAAUCAAACUUCGAGCUCCAAGCCUGGAUAUGAGUGAUGGACUCCAACCAGGAACUCCGUCCCCUACGGUAACUCGAAAGACACACUGUCAAAGCAUCUUCGAGCCGUACGCGUCACCAUGAAGAAAACCGUCACCACUCAUACGUUCCAACUCGUCCACGUUUGCACUGAACUGCCAUUUGAGCAGGUCACAGCAUCGCUACAAGCCUCGCUCGGGGAAAAGCGUGCGGCUGCCGGCCUGAUUGGAGCGACUUCGUUGGAAGAUUUCCAAAAUCGAGUGGAGACCUCGAAGGGACCGAGUGAUUUUAUGCAUUUCAUCGAGUUCAACCAUGGGAAUUGGCUCCAGCUGUUCUCGGAUACACCGUCGCCUCGCGCUGUGGUCUAUGUGCUGGGAAAUCCGCUAAUUGCGCAUACUAUGGUGAAGCACGAUAUGCGUGCGGCGCUCAACGUGCCAUAUCGACUUCUAGUUCUCCAGCAGGGGAACGGGACGGACAUCCUGUACCAUCUUCCCUCAUCCUUGAUUGCGUUGGACUCAUCUGAGGAACUCAAAGCUGCCGCUGGGGUGUUGGACGAGAAGCUGGAGCAACUAGUGGCGAACAUUACAAGUGUCUGAAACGAUCGUUUAUUGAAAGACGCAUACUCGAAACCAG